UUGCCCGCUCAGAGCCAACUGCGCACAACAAAGGCAAACCUUGUCCGAGAAAGUUGUCAGUGUCGGAGUGAAUCCAAAUUAAUGUGCUUCCAAUCGAAUAUACAUGCAAAUCGGCGAAAACAGUUUAAUUCGAGUGCCAUGCCAAAUCAAAGCAAACAAAGCACCAAACAUCUCUUGACAAGCAACUCAAAUACCUAGCACACUAAACACCAAACAACACUAAAAACCAAAUCAAACCAAUUAAAUUCAGACCAAACCAAACCGAAACCAAGAAACCGAUCAAUUCCACAGAAGCCAUCGCAGCUAUAGACCUCCACACCCAAGGGAGUGAGAGUGUGCGAUAGAAUGGUGUUCGCGUCCGUAGUGGUGUGCCAGGUGGAGAAAUUGAUCUGCAUGCCAAUCAGCUUUGCCGUAUUCGCCUUCCUGUUCAUGGCCUGCGCCAUGGAGGUGGUUCUGCUGAAGAUGACCACCAGUGACCCGGUGUUCGGGCGGCCUCCCGACGACGGCGACGAGGCCGGGGACGACGAGUCCGAGGAGCAGAUCUACUACGAGAAUCUCGGAAACAACUACGAGCACUGGGCACGCCGUCGGAUGCGAUUCCACCAGCGCCACCAGCAACAGCUCCAGCAGGAGGAGAGCCAAAGGCAACAGCUGCUCGUAUAGGUGUAGCUGCAGCAUUGCGAAUCGGUUGGAUAUCGGUUAUGACUGGUUUCUUCUGUUUUCGAAAUUAUAUGGUGUAUAGUAUAUGGAUAUGGAUAGCGACGAGGGGAGAGAGUCUAAUGAUUUUGGCACUGUGAGAACUGCAUAUCUAUGCAUAUCUAGAUAUAUAAGUAGAUAUCUCUGUAAGUACAUACAUAUAAGUAUGUGCAUAUGUCCUACGAGAGUAGUUUGUAAGCCGUGUGAUAUGCUUAGUUAUUCGAUACCUACAUACAUAGAUCCUAAGUGACGCGAAUAAAUCUGGCUAUAAAACUCAA